AUGCCGGACAAUCUACCAGAGGAACUGUUGAUUGAAAUACUCAUAAGACUACCAAUCUACACUGUCGUUCAAUUCAGGUGCGUUUCCAAAUCAUGGUGUUCUCUAAUCACUAGCCCUAAUUUUAUCAACACAUACCUCAAUCGAACAAUUUUUGUUUCCGUAUCCAACAACACUCAUUCUCUACUCAUGAGACACUUAGCCGACAUCAAAAUCUAUCAUCAAGACCACUAUACCAUACAUUGGAGUAACAAUGAUGACCCACUCGAUUCGCAUCACUUUGAGCUUCAAUUCCCUUUUCGGGGUUUCAAUAAAUCUUUUCGAAUUGUUAGUUCUUGUAAUGGUUUGGUAUGUCUUUCAAAUGAUUUGUAUUGUAUUAUCAACAAUGUGAUUUUGUGGAACCCAAUUAUCAACAAGUCACUGGCUCUUCCAUUGCCAAGAAUUUCAACUUAUUGGCUUCAUGGUCUUGCUAAUCAUGUUGUUGGAUCUGGGUUUGAUCCCAAAACUAUAGACUACAAGGUGUUGAAAUUGACCUAUUUUGAAGAAGGUCCUGAUCAUUUUCGCUUGAAAAAGCCCCCUUCGGUUGAGCUUUACUCGCUUCGUUUGGGUUCUUGGAGAGACAUUCGUGUUGUUGCGCCUAUGCGCCUCGUACAUUAUAAUUCAUCUCAAGCUUUCGUUGGCGAAAUCAUCAAUUGGGUUACGGUUGAUAAGAAUAGGUCUAAUGCUUUGAUUUUGUCAUUUGAUUUGAGGGAUGAGGUAUUUGGAGAGUUGAAUCUGUCAGAAAGUCUUGUUAAAGUGAAUUCUUUGACAUUGCCUAUUGCAGAAUUUAGGAAGUCACUUGUUAUGUUCCAUGAGCCUCACAUUUCUUCGAGUAAAUGUUUUGAAUGGGUGAUGAAGGAGUAUGGUAAGGUAGAGUCUUGGACCAAACUAUACACCAUUGAUACGGUGGGAAUGGGAGAGGUACGUUUCUUGAGGAGAAAUGGUGCAGUUGUUUUGUCUUCAAGGAAUGGAUUGAUUGCAUAUAAUCCCAAGAAUCAACGACUCAGGGAUCUUGGGCUUCAUGAUGUUCAUUUCUUAGUUUGUGUGCAUGCCUACAUUCCUAGCUUGGUUUUGCUUGGGGAAGGAAAUGAAAUCUUGGUCGGCCAAGCAAAGUCUCGUGAUUUGCAAAAACUUCUGACUGAAGAGGGUAAUGUUGAGGAGGAAAAACACUAA